UGUGGCGCAAUGCAUUGUGGGUAGGUCAGUAACAGAGAGUGGAGGACGCCAUGUGCUAUUGAGGGAGAAGGACCAGGACUGACAAGCAACGCUGUGACUCUGUGAAUUGGAAAUAUCUGGAGGAGAUCCGGGGGCACAAAUAAUAAACAUGUACUGCACAAGACAUUGCAUUCGGACCGCAUUGCGAAUCGCCGCAAAGACGCAUCGGCAGGAGCUCCAGACACCAACGUCAUGUGCCCUCCGAACACUCUGGACCAGCCCAGCCAGCCUUUCUGCUGUCAUCGCCGCCCCCCCUCUGGAUGGAGCCCCCAAACAGUACCCCCCCAAAAUCACCCAGCUGGUACACGACAUCACCAGCCUCACCUUGUUAGAGGUGUCAGACCUCAAUGAGCUCCUCAAGGUAUGGAACUGGAACAUGUAGACUGUGUAGAUUAAC